UGUAAUGCAAGUGCGCAUUAGCUCUUAGUGAGCUGAGUCGUGCGCCAAAGGGCGCCUGCCACGGGACGAGAGGCGUCCGACGUUGAGGGACAGGUGGGGUUCCGCUCUCGGCGGUCGGAUCAGAGGAGGACGAUGGGCGAUGUAGUUCGAGCUCAUUUAAAGCAGGGUUGGAGGGAAUGACAGGGUGCAGAGUACGGCGGAUGUUGGAGGAGAUAAGCUUCGAUCCUUUGUCUCAUUAGAUCGUUGGUUUAAAGAGGCGAUUCUAGCAAUUAAAAUGAGCAUCUUUGCUACUUGAGAUUGUGCCAAGGUGAUAAGAAGAAGACAUUUUUUCUCUCUUCCAAGUGAAGGCUCCCAUAAGACAAAGAGCGUCUUCAUGGUGGAUAGAUACGUCAUAAAACUCGCAGAAGAAUGAUAAAAAUCCUUUUGUCUCCCUCCUCUAUCUUCCAAUUCAUCUGGAAGUAGCCAUGGAGAAGAAGAUCCGAUCGCCCGAUCAAUGAGGGCAUGGGUCGUCGGAUAAGGACAGCAAGGGAUCGCCAGAUUUGACGCGUGGAAGAAGCACGGCGUGUAGGUCCUCGCCCACAAAGGGACAGCCAACUGGCUCCUCCUCGCGUAUCGGUGACUAUAGUGGUGGAGAUGGAGUAAAUGAGAUUCGGAGAUGGUUAGGUGGAAGAAGGAGAAGGUCAGCAGGGUUUCAAGGUGGAGCUUGAGCCAUAACGAGGCAUUGGGAGAAGCAGGCGGCGGCAGGUCGGAAGAAGAAGGUGCACGUUUUUGGCCGAUGCUUACUACUCCCACUUCCGCUAGUCUAACUAACAGGAAGAGAGCUAGGCUUGAUGGAAAGGUGGUUGAUGAUUGUGAUGCUGUUGAUCCUUCACCCGUGCCAAGGAAAUUGAGAUCAGCUAUCAAUAAAUGCAGCAGCCAGUCAUCUUCUCCUGCAAUACCAGGUGCAAAGAAGAAACCCUAUGAUACUUUUAAUGGGCUCCAAGUGCUGCAUGGGAAUGGUGGAAGGAGAUGCAAGCAAAAUGUGCUGCUUGGCUCAUUAACUGAGGAUGAAAAGGAAGUACUCGAAGCCUUGUGUGCAUUAUCCAGAAUUCUACCUAUUAAAGAGAGAAUUCAGGAUGAUAAAGACAGGGAAAUCUCCGAGAAUCACCAGGAUAAUAUUGCUACCCCAACAACUCAUUCGGAAGCUAUGAAAGAGGACAAAAAUCUUUUGCAACAAAACACUACCACUGGAAUUAAGAGUCCCUCUUUUUGUUUGGAGAAGACAUUAGAAAAACCAAUGAAGGAUGAACAUGCUAUUUCCAAGCAACCUGACACAAAUUCUGGAAUGCAAACUAUUGAUUCAGGUUUGAGUAUAGCCCCUGAUUCUGGAAGUCAUAUAACUCUAACUGAAAAUGUGCACCCAGAAAAUAUUCCUGGAAAUCUUCAAAGUUUUUUGAGCCCCUCAGGAGUUUUGCCUCGUCAUUGUACUGAAAAUAGAACACUGCAACCUACUCGAUGUGGUUCUAUCAUAGCCUUUCCACCAUGCAAAUCAGAAAUGUUACAACCAAAUGGAUGUGUUGGAUCCGCUGCACUGAAACAUGAGGUUCAAUAUUUGAAGCAUAACAGUGAAAGCAGUACAAAACUUGUGUACCAGAAAGGAAAUGUUCCGCCCCAUAUUCAGCUUUCUUCAUGCAAUUCUGCAGUUUGGCCUGGCCCUGCCACUAGUAUUACUUCAAAAGAAGUUGAUCUUCCAACUAUGAAGGUUCCUCUUGAUGUAACACCAUUAUGGAAAAAGUGCGCUAUUCAUGUAUUCAUAAGCCAUAUGAUAAAAAGCUACCAGGAAAAGGAGCAGCAGCACACACUCGUACUGCCAUCUGAGGACUCAAAGUCCAGGGUUGGGUCGGAAUCAUGUGAACUAGUAAACAAUGAGAGAGCUGGUUUACAAAGUAGAUUGAAAAUGGUGGCAUCUGUUGCUAUCUAUGGUUCUACAGUGGAGAGGAGCAAACAUGCAGGAACAAAUGAAAUUUCAUGUAACAGAAGACUUGUUUCAGCUCACAUAUCAUCAGUCUUAUCUGAGUACAAACAAAAGCAGAGCUGUGAUUUUCUUUCGUUAUCCACUAACGGUGAUGCUGGUAGUACUGCAAAUGGAGUGAAGGCUCCUGUGCAGCUUCAUUCUCCCUUUUUCCAUGCCCAGGUUCCCUUCCCAGUCUCUCAUGUACCAUAUGUUCCAGCUUACCCAGAGAAGCUAGUUGCUCCAGCUACUCAACAGGUGCAACCACAAUUACCACAUUAUGCAGGCAACCCGUUCUAUGGACCACAAAUGAACAACACCAUAGGCAAUUCACAGCAGCAGCACCAGCAGCAACAGAUAUGUCAAGCUCAUAUUGCACGCUAUAGGUCCCCAGUUGGCAUUGCUGUGUUGCAGAAUGAUCAAAUACAUAACUCUCUCUCUCCUUCUACACAACUGCAAGGUUUCUUAUCACUAUCCUCCAAACCAAAGCCUCAGCAGCAGCAGCACCACCACCAACUUAGUCUGCACGGCAGGAGACAACACAAAGAUCCCCAUCAGUUUCAGCUGCUGUACAGCACGAGUCGUUCCUGAAGACAAGUGAUCAGAUGGAAUGAAGGCAUUUAAGCUCGGGCUUGCGUCCAUGUAAGCCAUGAGAUAUGCUUAAUCAAGAUGAUGGACUACUGGCUCACCAGAUGCUGCUCAUUGAAUUCUAGGUGAAGCUUUGUACAACAGGGAGCAAACAUGAUCCAAUGUUGCUACUGUUCUCUUUAUUUUUUUUUAUGCUAAAGCAGUGGGCUAUAGAAAGAACUCUCUGCUGUAUAUCUGACAUUAUAAUCAAGUUAAAGGAGUUACAGGCCUUUUCUCAUA